AUGAACUUUUCCGGUUUUAACAGGCGCUCAGAUGAUGACUUUAAAUUGCCAUUCGAUGUGUUGAGCCGUGGCGAAAUCACUGAUUCAAAUACAAUUUCACAGGAAGUGAAAUUUUGCUCUGAAGUAGAUGAAGAAAAUCCAGAAACAAUGAAUGAAUUGUUCUCAAAACUCUACAAAGAGGCUGAAAAGAUCAAGCAGUGGAAACUGACUGUGGAAACUGAACUAAACCAGAAAGAAAGAAAACUCCAAGAGAAUAGAAAGAUUUUUGGAGCACAGAAGAAAGCCAUUCAAGAACUGCAGUUUGAAAAUGAGAAACUCCAUUUGAAACUGGAAGGUGAGAUAUGUGAAAAUAAAGAUCUCUUGAAAGAAGCUGCUGCUUCAAGGCAUCUGUGUAAUCUGCUCAAGGAAACCUGUACUUGCUUCACAGAGAAGACCAGCAAAUAUGAACAGGAAAAGGAAGCAACAAUACAAUUGUAUGAGGAACUUCACAGCAACACAGAAAGAAUGACAGUGGCAUUUGAAGAGCUUCGUGUGCAAGCAGAGAACGACAGAUUGGAAAUGAGUUUCAAAUUAAAAGAAGAAGCAGAAAAAGUGGACAAGUUUGAGAAAGAAUGCAAACUGGAAGUCAGUCAAAAGGAAAAGCAAAUUUCAGCUCUUACCAUACAGAGAGAUGAAAAAGAUGAUGUCAUAAAAGACAUCAAAGCUCAGCUGCAGACGUCACAAAAUAAGAUUGCUGACUUAAUGGAAGCAAAAUUACAUAAUGAAGAAAUGUUAAAGGAAUCCCAGGGCAGAAAAGAACAUUUGAGGGCAGAGCUGGAAGAGGGUAAAAUUUCAUUGCAAAAGGCAGAGGUUGCUCAGAAGAACUUGGAAACUGAAUUCCAGACUACAGUGAAAACAUUAAUUCAGGUCACUGGAGAAAAGGAAGAGCAGGAGGAAGAAUGUAAAAAACUGAAGGCUUUGCUUGCAGCCCUGACAGAGGAGUUUGAGACUUCUGUUGCCAAUUUGAAAAGCUUGCUGCAAGAAGAGCAAAACAGAUUAAAGAAAUCUGAAGAUGAUUCAAAGCUGCUUACCUUGGAGCUCCAGAAUAAAUCUGCUGAACUGGAAGAGAUGACUAAAGUAAAAUGUGAUAAAGAAGUGCAACUUGAAGAGCUGUCAGAAACUCUGAAUCUUGAGGCUACUGUAGAAAAUAUGCAGAGAGAGAAAAAUGUGAAUGAGAAUGCUCUCCAAAUGAGAGAGAAAGAAUUCCAGGAUUUGAAAGCACAGCUGACAAGUACAGCUGAAAAGGAGCAAGAAUGUUUAAAGCAGCUUGUGACUCUGAAAACAGAUCUUGAACAAGAGGGGUUAAAGAAUGAACAGCUAACAGUGUAUCUCAGUAAGCUUUCACUAGAGAAAGAACAAACAGCACAAGAGAAAAAUGCUGUGGCUGCAGAACUCCAGAAGCUGCAAGAACAACAAGAGGAUAGUAAGAAAAAAGAAGAAAAUACAAAGCAGUUAGUUGAAAACCUAGAAGAGGCAAAUAGCCAGCUAAGAAAUGAACUGGAGUCUUUGCAGGAGAAAAUGGCAAAGACAGGUGAAGAGAUGAAAAGUACACUGGAUGAAAGAGAAGAAAAUGUUAAGAGUAUUGAAAAUGAAAGUUCAAGAGAGGAAAAGCCAUUGAAGAUUCUAGAGAAUAAGAUGAAUACUUUAAAGACACAGAUGGAAAAUAAAACCAAAUGCAUUGAAGAGUUGCAGCAGGAGAAUAAGGUGCUGAAGAAGAAAAUUAUUGCAGAAAGCAAGAAAAGCAAUACUUAUGAAGAGAAGGUGAAUAAAUUGCAGUUAGACAAGGAAAAUAUGAACAAGCAACAUGAAGAAGAAGUUGACAUCUAUCAAAAAGACAUAGAAACAAGAAAAGUAAAUUAAAAUAAACUUCGUGAAGAGGUAGAAAAGAUGAGGUUGCUUUGUGAUGAAACUGCAAUGAUACAGAGAGAAACUGAUGCCAGAUCUUGUCAGCACAAGAUAACUGAGAUGGUGGCACUGAUGGAAAAGCACAAGAAUGAAUAUGAUAAAAUGGUUGAAGAAAAAGAUGCAGAGUUAAAAGUAUAUAAAAUGAAACAGCAAAAGCAGUUAUCAUCAGAAAGAGCACUGGAAAAUGAGCUGUCAUGUUUGAAACGGGAACUGUCCUCCCUUAAGGAACAACUGAGAGCAGAAAUGGAAGAAAAGGAGAAUCUUGUAAAAGAGCACUCUGGCAGUGUGAUUCCUGACAGUGAAAAGAAACACAAGGACUGCACUGGACCAUUCAAUGCUUCUCUGUUUCACUUCUAG